AUGUUUAGGAAAGCUCUUCCGAGAGCUUUGCCUCGCUCUUCACGAGCCUUUCACUCGUCACCUUCAGUCGCGAAGCUCGUCGCCACUAAUCCCGCCAAGGCUGAGGAAGUCAAGUCAUGGUCGUCGGGAAAGUACCCGCUAAUUGAACACGAGUUCGAUGCCGUUGUCGUAGGUGCUGGUGGUGCGGGGUUACGUGCAGCCUUUGGUUUGGCUGAAGCUGGCUUCAAAACUGCUUGUAUCACCAAGUUGUUCCCCACCAGAAGUCACACUGUUGCUGCUCAGGGUGGUAUCAAUGCUGCUCUUGGGAACAUGACUGAAGAUGAUUGGCGGUGGCAUAUGUAUGAUACUGUCAAAGGAUCCGACUGGCUUGGUGACCAAGACGCAAUCCACUACAUGUGUAGAGAAGCUCCCCAUACCGUCAUUGAGCUUGAACACUACGGCGUGCCUUUCUCGCGUACACCAGAGGGAAAAAUCUACCAACGCGCCUUUGGUGGGCAAUCUUUGAAAUACGGAAAGGGAGGCCAGGCCUACCGUUGCGCAGCCGCCGCUGACCGUACUGGGCAUGCCCUCCUGCACACGCUCUACGGCCAAUCUCUGCGUCACAACACCAACUUCUUCAUUGAGUACUUUGCCCUCGACUUGAUUAUGCAAGACGGCGAGUGCGUGGGUGUCAUUGCUCUGAACAUGGAAGACGGCACACUCCAUCGCUUCCGCUCGCACAAGACCGUCUUGGCGACGGGUGGUUACGGGCGAGCGUAUUUUAGCUGCACGAGCGCCCACACUUGCUCUGGAGAUGGCAAUGCCAUGGUCGUUCGUGCCGGACUUCCCCUUCAGGAUUUGGAAUUCGUCCAGUUCCAUCCCACGGGUAUUUAUGGUGCCGGGUGCCUUAUCACAGAGGGUUCUCGAGGUGAAGGAGGGUAUCUCUUGAACUCUGAGGGUGAACGGUUCAUGGAGCGUUAUGCGCCUACCGCGAAAGAUCUCGCUUCGCGUGAUGUCGUUUCCCGUUCCAUGACAAUUGAAAUUCGCGAAGGUCGUGGUGUUGGUCCUGAGAAGGAUCACCUCUACCUCCAAUUGAGCCACCUUCCCGCUGAAGUCCUCCACGAGCGGCUGCCCGGUAUCUCUGAAACUGCCGCCAUCUUCUCUGGUGUCGACGUCACUAAGGAGCCUAUCCCGGUUCUGCCCACCGUGCACUACAACAUGGGUGGUAUCCCUACUAAAUACACCGGCGAGGUCCUUACCGUUGACAAGGAUGGCAAUGACAAGGUUGUCCCUGGUUUGUACGCUGCCGGAGAAGCCGCUUGUGUGUCCGUGCACGGUGCCAACCGUCUUGGUGCAAAUUCGCUGCUCGAUAUCGUCGUGUUCGGCCGUGCUGUCGCCCACCAUAUCCGAGACACACUGUCACCUGGCAAGUCGCACAAGGGGAUUCCUGAGGAGGCUGGCAUCGAGAGCAUUGAGUUCCUGGACAAGAUUAGGCGUUCUGACGGCCCAGAGCCAACUGCCAAGAUUCGUCUUGACAUGCAAAAAGCCAUGCAAACCGAUGCUGCUGUCUUCAGAACCCAAAAAACUCUCGACGAAGGUGUCGAGAAGGUUCGCUCCAUCUAUAGAAACUUUGAUAAUGUCGGUAUCAAGGACAGGAGCAUGAUUUGGAACUCGGAUCUUGUGGAGACGCUUGAACUGCGCAAUAUCCUCCAGUGCGCCAUCCAGACAAUCACCUCUGCUGCUGCCCGUAAAGAGUCUCGUGGUGCUCAUGCUCGUGAAGAUUUCCCAGACCGUGACGACGAGAACUGGAUGAAACAUACCCUUUCAUUCCAACACGAUGUCAACUCCCCCGACGUCGAGCUGAAGUACCGCAAAGUUAUUGACACGACGCUCGAUGAGGCCGAGUGCAAGCCUGUGCCUCCAUUCAAACGUGUGUAUUAGAUGACGACAGCGUUGGAUGGUCGGCCUUGGCGGUUGGGUUGUAAAGCAUCGCAUCACCUCUAUCUAGUAUGCGGAGAGACCCUCAAAAUAAUUAUCUUCGGAGAAUACAGGGCGUGCCAAUGGGUUGUUGCUAGUCACUCUGUUAGUGGUACAUAUCAGAGGAAUAAAAAGCCAUAACGAUG